AUGACAGGUUCAGGGUCAUACAGGUGUUCUGUUGUUCCUCCCUCUGCAUCUUCAGAAGAGAUUUCCGACUUAACCAUGCAGAUUGCGGAAAUGAGCAAGAAUCUUCAGGAAUUGGAGAAGACCAGGAAGCAAGUGCAGCAAGAAAAGUCAGACCUCCAGGCUGCCCUGGAAGAGGUGGAGGGUUCCUUGAAGCAUGAAGAGGGCAAGAUUUUGCGUGUCCAGCUAGAGUUGAACCAGCUGAAAUCUGAGCUUGACCGCAAGAUCACUGAGAAGGAAGAAGAAAUCGAGCAGCUGAAAAGAAACAGCCAGCGGGCAGCAAAGGCCAUGCAAAGCGUGCUGGAUGCUGAGAUCCGGAGCCGGAAUGUUGCUCUGAGGCUGAAGAAGAAGAUGGAGAGAGACCUCAGUGAGAUGGAGAUUCAGCUGGGCCACUCCAACCGCCAGGUGGCAGAGACCCAGAAACACCUGUGCUCAGUCCAGAGCCAGCUCAAGGACUCCCAGCUGCAUCUGGAUGACGCCCUGAGGAGCAGCGAGGACCUCAAGGAGCAGCUGGCCCUCGUGGAGCGCAGGAAUGGCCUCUUGCUGGAGGAGCCGGAGGAGAGGAAGGUGGCCCUGGCGCGGACGGAGCGCACCCGCAAGCUGGCGGAGCACGAGCUGCUGGAGGCCAGCGACCGCGUGCAGCUCCUUCACUCCCACGUGUGUCCGUCCUCACUCCACUCUGGGUCCACCCUGGAGGCAGGCAGGACCCAGGUGCAGGAGUUAGAUAGCGGGCUAGAGGCUGAGCAGAAGGGGGGAGCCGAGGCCCCGAAGGGCGCGCACAGAUACGAACGCAAGGUGGAGGAAAUGACUUACCAGGCCGAGGAGGACCGCAGGAACAUACUCAGGCUCCACGACCUGGUGGGCAAGCUGCAGGCCAAAGUGAAGGCUUCCAGGAAGCAGGCGGAGGAGGCCGAGCAGAAGGGCAGCACGCAGCCGUCCAGGUGCCGGAGGGCCCAGCACGAGCUGGAGGAGGCCAAAGACCGGGCGGACAUCGCCGAGUCCCGGCUCAGCAAGCUGAGGGCCGAGAGCCGAGACAUGGGGGCCCAGGUGAGAGCAGACUUCCUCCCCAGACGUCCUAGGACCCAGGACCAGGCAGCACCCAGCAGAGUUUGGAGGGUGCCUGUCAGCGCAUCUUCCCCGCUGCUGGCCGUGCAUCCACGAAUGUCUCUGCUUUAG